AAGACAGGCAUAGCAUAUGGCGGUUGACUAAAGUAAGCAGCGUUGCAACGCUGUUUCCUUUCUGUUUCUUUUCUUCUUCUUCCUUCCGACGAGAUCUACAACGUUGUUGUUGUUUAGAUCUUGAAUAGUGUUUUGGUGUUCGGUGAGAUGGAAGAAAGGAAGCAAUCACGUUAUGUGAAGUUGACUAAAGAUCAGACACCUCUCGAAGACAUUACCCCUGGCGAACUCAACCAGCCAAUUCAGGUUCCUCAGUUGGACGUUCGCAAGUGCCCUGAAUGUAGACAGCCGCUACCUGAAAGCUAUGCUCCUCCUGCAGAUGAACCUUGGAUGACUGGGAUCUUUGGAUGUGCUGAAGACAGAGAAAGCUGCUUGACCGGACUGUUUUGUCCUUGUGUAUUAUUUGGGCGCAAUGUAGAAAGAUUGAAGGAAGACACUCCUUGGACUGGGCCAUGCAUUUGUCAUGCCAUUUGUAUUGAAGGUGGCAUUUCUCUGGCAAUAGCAACUGCUGCUGCAACUUCCAUCUUUCCUGCUAUUGAGCCAGGGACUGUAUGUCUCAUUAUUGAGGGUUUAUUGUUUACAUGGUGGAUGUGUGGCAUUCACACUGGUCAAGUGCGCCAAUCUUUACAGAAGAAAUAUCACUUGAAGAAUUCACCGUGUAAUGCAUGUUGUGUGCACUGCUGCUUUCACUGGUGCGCCCUGUGUCAAGAACACAGGGAGAUGAAUGGACGGCUCUCGGACAACAUUUUUUCAGAAAUGACCGUUGUAAACCCUCCUCCCGUUCAAGAGAUGAAAUCUACCGAUGACAAGGAAACUCCUGAAACGUCUUCACCUAACAACAUCGAGCAUACUGAGUUGGAGAUAGAGGCUGUAUAAGGAAGGAAGGAAUACUAUGCUUUUUUAAUAGAGAAUUUUUUCUUUUGACCUUUGACUGGAGUUCUUUCUUCCUGUUUCAUUGGGCGUGUCAUAUGUAGGAGUACCACAUAUUACUUUCCUCGGCUAUAGAGAGCCAAAUUAUACCGUAUCCUUAAUUUUGAAUGUUUUCCGGCUUCAACCAUUAAUGCUCUCUGCAAGAGUCUAUCUUUUCAUUUUGGUGAUAUGCAAGUGCAUCUUUCAAUUU